AUGUCCGUGCGUACGUCUCCCAUGGUGGCGCUUUCAGCACGUAUGAGGCAAUGUGGGCAGGGGUGCCUAUGGUGGGUAUACCGCUUUAUGAGGACCAAAUAGAUAACUUGGUCCACGUAGAGGCACAAGGCGCUGGUCUCACGUUGGACAUCAAUGACCUCACAUCAGAGACUCUGAGCCGAACCAUUCGCAGAGUCAUGACCGUACCUGGAUUCCGCUACAACGCAGAGCGUGUCUCUAAGAUCCUGCGUGACCUUCAGAAUACAGAUAGACCGGUAGACAACGUGGUUCGCUGGAUCCUCCACGUCACCAGGUUUGGCGGCAACCAUCUACGACCAGCAGUCAUGGAUCUCAAUUACGUUCAGAGGAAUCUCCUAGAUGUUUACCUUUUCAUUGGUCUGGUUCUGGCCUCGGUUAUCAUGAUCAACGUGUCUGUUUGCUAUCUUUGCUGUCGCAGCCUGUGCCGUAUUGGUAGAGGUGAACAUUUUAAGAAGGAGUGAGAUAUGAUGAGAUCGAUUCUUUCAAGUUUUAAGAUUUGAUGGAAUUUGCAUAAUAAUUAACUCACAAUGGUUUACCCCAGAGGCAAAAAUAUUCUGUAGCUCAUCCAUAAAUGUAAAAGGAUUGGUUUGAGUAAUAAUAUCAACUAUUUCCAAAGUAAAUGAAAAAGAUAUCUGCACUUUCGGAUUUAACAUUUUAUUUUUCGGAUUAAAUUUCUUUGACUUUACUUGUCGGAUUUUCUUAAUGUAGGGGACCGUGUCUUAACAACGGCGACCCAACUGUUUUAAUUCAUUCUAAUUCACAUGAAUAUGCAUAACAACGUAACUGUUCUGCAUUGUACCUGGGUUAUUUGCAUAUCUGUGUCAAGCUUUCGCUUUCUAAUGACCUUUGUGCUUCCUGAGUGCAAGGACGGGUUGAAUACAACCACCAGGAAAAUAAUUUCUAAGAUUAUCUUGGACAAUUGACCAGAUAACCCCACAUAUUAUGUUGCAAAUUGUUAUAUUAAUAGAAGCUUACGUUGCCUCCAUUACAAUUUACGUGGUGAGAAACCUUUUCCACGUAUGAAAAGCCUGACUGUGACACAACACGGUCUAAAAUUUUCCCUGCAGUAUGGGCUACAGGCCGUGGAGUUCCGAGUCCAGAGGGAAAGUAUAGAGGGUCAUAUUUUGAAGUCUGUAGCAUCCAUUUUUGUGGCUAUGCAAAGCAUAGUUCCUUGGCGAAAGUGUAGUACACAAGGAUAGUCCCAGCAAUGCGUUUUUUUGGGGGGGGUCUCCCAGGAUUUAUGGCAGUAGCAAGUCGCCAAUAAAUCAAGGCUCUGUUGUAAGCUACA